UGCGUGAGAGAGGGAGCAAAAGAGACAAGAGAGAGGGCUGCUACAAAGAAACACGCGAGGAGUUUGUUUGCAGGAGAAACUCUGACUCAGCCCGAGUUGGAGGCGGCGACUUCUCUUUCGCAGGUUGCAGAGCAGCGAGGUUGCAUGCCUGGUUGGACUUGAUGCUUGAUUUGCAUGACUCAUAACAAUCUGUUUCUGGAUUUGUCAGUGAGCAGGCAUGGCCCACCCAGUGAAUAUUAAUGGAGGUUCCACAGAAAAAGAUGAAAAUGCUUUGAACGGGGAAGAUGAGAGAGAUCAGAAAGAUCCCUAUUUUGUGGAAACGCCGUAUGGUUACCAGCUUGACUUGGAUUUCCUCAAAUAUGUGGAGGAUAUACAGAAGGGGAAUACUAUAAAAAAGCUGAACAUACAGAAAAAGAGGAAAGUGAUACCACCUUUUGCAACUGUGAAAAACACCACCCCUAGCCAAUACAGUGGAUGGACAUCAAAUGAAUCCCUUUCUUCUUCCAACAGCGAUGACAACAAACAUUCAUCUUCUUUCUGUGCAGCACGGAGUCCAGCAGCAGCCGCUACCUCUUUCUCCACAAGGCCAUCCUUGUCCUUUGAGGCCUCUCCAAGUUUUCUAACUAUUCCUGAAAGCAAACAACUAUUUCCUCCCUCACCGCAGUUGCCUAGGCACAACCUUCAUGUUACAAAAACACUAAUGGAGACUCGAAGAAGACUGGAGCAGGAAAAGAUGGCAAUGCAAGCAAGUCCAGGAGACACUCGGAGGCCAAGGCUUUCCAGUUUUGGAGCCAUGGGCUCAACAGGCUCACUUCCUUCCUUUGUAGGAUCCAGUGGACCUAACCAAGUAUCCCAUCCGUUUCAGAAUGGGUAUCAGGGCAAUGGAGAUUACAGUCUCCACCUAGCAUCUUCUUUGGGUAGUUCCAUCCGGCACAGCCCAUUGAGUUCAGGUAUAUCAACGCCUGUGACUAAUGUGAGCCCAGUCCAUCUGCAGCACAUUAGGGAACAAAUGGCCAUUGCCCUCAAACGCCUCAAAGAACUUGAAGAGCAAGUCAAAACUAUCCCUGUGCUCCAGGUAAAGAUUUCAGUAUUGCAGGAAGAGAAAAGACAGAUAAUGGCAAAGCUCAAAAACCAAAGAAUAGUUAACCAGAAUGACACCGGCCAUUUCAGAAAAAGAUCUUAUAGUGCAGGAAAUGCAGAACACUGGAAGAAUCUUUCCCCAGCAAGAGGAGGUGGGGAACUCUAUAUAGACUGUGAGGAUGAUGCAGGGAGUAUAGAACAGAGCUCAGAGAGGAUAGAAGAAUUUAGGCAGUUGACUGCUGAAAUGCAAGCUUUGGAGAAGAAAAUACAGGACAGUAGUUAUGAUAAUCCAGCAAGCAUGCGAGUGAACCGAGCAAGUGUUAUGAAAGAAAACAGGUCAGUUGCUGUAGGUACAGAUGAAAGUAUGGACAACAUUGUUGUGUACAACAGGGCUUUGAGAGCCUUUAGGGAUAUAGCAGUAGGAACAGAACUUGUGACUAAAGAUUUUGUUGCUGGGGUGACAGAAGGGAUGCUUGGUCUCUCUACAGAAGCUGAGAGAGAAAUAGACCUCCAGCACCAGACCAUUGAAGCCCUUAAAGACAAAAUUUACCGGCUGGAGGUUCAGCUGAGGGAAACCACUCACGAUAGAGAGAUGACCAAAUUAAAACAUGAGCUGCAGGCAGCUGGGUCCAGGAAAAAAUUGGACAAGGCACUGAUGGCUCAGCCCCUCCUCUUCAGCAGAGCAGUGGAAGCAGUAGUACAAACAAGAGACCAAAUGGUGGGAGACCGUGUAGAUAUUGUUGAUUCCUCUGUGGGGAGUUCUCUCCAAAUGUCUAAUGUUGGAGUAUUGUGUAAGCCUAUGUUAACAAAUUCAGCUGUGGGUCCAGAUAUGCCCAUGAAUUGGUGGAUUGUGAAGGAUAGAGAAGACAUGCGUGACCAGUGCAUUGGCAGCUCUGUUGAGACAUGCAACCAGUGUGUGGGCACAGAAAUUAGCAUCUGCGAAACUGGGGUCAAUACAGAAGAGUCUGUAGACAGACUAAGCCUGUGUAAAACUGAACUGAAAAUCAAAGAAGUGCGGUCAAUAGGUUGUGGAGCGUGUUUUCCAGUAAAUGAAACCAUCUCAUGCAGCACAAACACAGAGACUUCUUGCAAAUCGGAUUCUGGAGUAAUGGCAGUGCCUUGUACAGCUACCCAGGGAACCAAUACAGUAUUAGAAAAGACUGACCAACUGACCAACACAGAAGUAGCUACUGUUACAGAUUCCAGCACCAACACUUUUCUGAGCACUUACGAUAAACAGACAAACACUGUGAUUGUGGAGAUGAGGACUGUGGCUGUUGGAGACGGCAGAGUCAAGGAUGUGAAUGCAGCUGCUAAAACCCGUUCAAUUGGUGUGGGAACUCUGCUGUCGACCACUUCUAGUUUUGACAGAUCUUCCCUCACAAAGACCAAAGACUGUGGAGUGGGGCAAAUCAAUAUCAAUGAGAACUACCUAGUUGGCCUCAAAAUGAGAAACAUUGCCUGUGGUCCUCCUCCAGUGUCCGUGGCACCAUCCAGCACUAGAAGCAUCGGUGUUGGGGACGAGUCUGUGUAUGAGUCAGAGAACUUUGUGCUGGAUUGCCCGCUUCCUCUGCCUGAGAUGAAGACUGGUUUGGAUCACUACAUUGAACGAGUUCAAAAGCUUGUUCAAGAGCAGCAGAUGCUACUUGCAGAGAACUAUGCUGAGCUAGCAGAUGCGUUUGGAGAACCUCACUCACAAAUUGGCUCUCUUAAUUCUCAGAUCAUCAGCACUCUGUCAUCCAUCAACAAUGUUAUGAAAUAUGCAAGCACGGAGGAACUGCGAAACCUAGAUGUGCCGAAACAGUGCAUAGACCGAGCUGCUGAAACAGAGGAUAAUUUGCCAAACACUCCACAUGGUAGUUCAACUUCAAGUUCCCUAAAGUUGAAGUUAGGACAUGAAAUUGGGACCAUAAGUGAGGAGAAGACAGCUGUACAAGGAACAGGACAGGACUGGAAACCCUCACCUUCCCAAGACAAGACAAUGUCUCCAAUUAAUCUCACCGAUGAUCAGCUUGCCUCAGGGCUUUAUGUAUGUACGAGUGAUAGCAUGUUGAAGUCCAUCAUGAAGAAAAAGGAUGGGAAAAAAGAGGAGAAUGCAAAGAAGAAUCUGCAGUUUGUUGGUAUAAAUGGAGGAUAUGAAACAACAUCAAGUGAUGAUUCCAGUUCAGAAGAGAGUUCCUCUUCAGAGUCUGAUGAUGAGUGUGUUGAGAAUGAAUAUGGUCAGAUUGAAGAGAAUGGCAGUUUGCUCAAUGCGGAAGAACGUCAUGGACUGAACAGGGAAGAGAAGUCUGCGAGAGUGGAAGGAGUAGUGCAGGACCAAGAGCCUGAGCCUGAAAAAGUGGAAAUCCGUGAGAGAUAUGAACUGAGUGAAAAGAUGCUCUCCGCAUGUCAGCUUCUUAAAAGUAGCAUUGACGAUCCCAAGGCCAUGAACAGCAAAGAGACACGAUUUUGUUUAAACACCAUCCAACACGAGUGGUUUCGUGUGUCCAGCCAGAAGUCGGCUGUUCCUGCAAUGGUUGGGGACUACAUUGCUGCUUUUGAAGAGGUUUCUCCUGUAGUUCUUAGACACAUUAUCAACAUGGCAGAUGGGAAUGGAAACACAGCUCUCCACUACAGUGUUUCUCACUCUAAUUUUGAAAUUGUGAAGUUGCUUUUAGAUGCAAAUGUCUGCAACGUAAAUCACCAGAACAAGGCUGGCUAUACCCCCAUUAUGCUGGCUGCUCUUGCAGCUGUGGAUGCUGAGAAAGACAUGAGAAUUGUGGAAGAGCUCUUCGCCUGUGGAGAUGUGAAUGCCAAAGCCAGUCAGGCUGGUCAGACUGCUUUGAUGCUUGCUGUCAGCCAUGGGCGAAUAGAUAUGGUGAAGGCUCUGCUCGCUUGUCGUGCAGAUGUCAACAUCCAGGAUGAUGAAGGCUCCACUGCUUUGAUGUGUGCUAGUGAACAUGGACAUGUUGAGAUUGUCAAGCUUUUGCUGGCUCAGUCUGGAUGUAAUGGCACCCUGGAGGACAAUGAUGGGAGCACAGCACUUUCAAUAGCUCUUGAAGCUGGCCACAAGGAUAUCGCUGUUCUUCUCUAUGCUCAUGCAAACUUUUCCAAAACUCAGUCUCCGGGCACCCCAAGGCUCGGAAGGAAGCCAUCUCCUGGUCCUGCCCACAGAAGCCCGUUCGAUUGCUAGUGCACAGCAUUUGUCUGUUAAACACUAAUGUCACCUCCCCAAGCUGCUAGUGGUUACUGUUUUACAGUGACAGAUAUUGAAUGUAAUUGCCUUGUGCCUGAGCUCACCAGCAAACAAAGCAAAUAUGUAGAGCUAAAGACAGAAAAGGGUUAGGACAAUGUCCGUUACACAGCAUUACUCAGGAGCAUGUACUGAUGGUACAUGGAGUGGUUGAUUGAUGAUUUCCACUUCCCCUGCAUCUCCACGGCCAUUUAUGUGUACUUGGUCACUACACAGAUUAGACAAGCUUCUCCAUGCUGCUGCAGGAUCUAAUAGGUAUACCAUGAGGUAUAGGAAAACGUUAGCAUGGUAUGUUGGUGUUACAAGACCUACUAUGGAGGCAGGGGAGAGGCAAAUAGGCUCCAAAUGGCAUCUCAUAGCCUUAUGAGCCUUCAUUUUGCUCAUCUUUUCUGCCGGGGGUGUGUUUUGGGGGCUAUAGUAUAUACCCUUCUGUUACCUUACAUAAAGGUCUUUUUUAAGCUGUCUGUUCAUUUAUGACUGUAUUCCCCCAUCCAGAUAAAUCUUACUGGCUUUUUAAAGUUAUGUUCUUUACAGGUAUUUAUAUUUGCUACUGUCAAAAUUGUUGGCAAGAACAUUUUUAUUAUAAAUGUCAUUCCACAAUGGUUUUGAGUCUUGUUUUAAAGCUUAUUUUAAUUUCUAAAUGUGGCAACUGCUUACUACAUUAGCUCUUUGGAAUCUCAGCUGGUGGAUUGAUGGAUUCACCACAGAAAAUGGACUUCGAUAUUACCUGGGACUUGCUAAACAAAGUGCUGCCGAUUUGUACAGCUUUUGUAUAAAGAUUAUGUCAGUAUUUUUGACACUUUCUUUUUCACAAUAACAACAAUAAUACUGUAUUUCCGAUAUAAUAGCUAUUAAUAGACUUUUAUUAAUGGUCAUUGACAUGAACGCUGACAUACAUUGCAAAAAAGUUCAUCUCGUUCUACUGAAAUGAAAUGUAGUUCCUGGGCAGUGCAAACACACACAUAUAUGGAUUGCUUAUUUCCCUGUCAUGUUCACUUCAGUUCGACGCAUUUAAGUGUUUGAAGUGCCUUAGACUCUUGCCAUAUUUUCAAAAUAAAAUUUCCUUAUUUUA